AUGCCCGCUCAAAUCUCGGGCUCCAUGACGGGAAGCAUCCCCAUUCGCAUCGCCGAUGACCACACCAACGGCUACCGCAAGCAGCACAAGCACUCGCGAUCCUCCUACUCGGAGUCGUCUCCGCUCGCCGGCUCGAGGAACAAUUCUCUGACUUUCCGCCCUCCAAAGAGGGCCAUGCCGUCCCCCAACAAGACCAUCGCCGUCAUCAACGCCAGUGGCCGCCAGGCCGCCUCCCUCAUCCGCGUCGCCACCGCCGUCGGCUACCGCGUCCGCGCCCAACUCCGGAAUCUCGAAGGCGUCGUGGCCACGGAAGUGUCGACGAACCCCAACGUUACCGUCAUUGUCGGCGAACUCUACACAAGGCACGAGCCCACGGAAGCCAACAAGGACGUGACUCAAAAUGGGCCCAUCUCGGGCGUCGGCGUCAACCACGAACUCAUCUCCAACCUCUUUCUGGGUGCCCAGCUUGCCUUUGUGAACACUACCUUUUACGGCGACGAGCUUCAGAUUGGCAUGGCUCUAGCAGACGCGGCCAAGAUGGCCGGCGUCCAGCAUUACGUCUACUCGUCCAUGCCCGACCAUGCCGCGUACAAUAAGGACUGGCCAUCGCUGCCGCUGUGGGCGGCCAAGCACAAGGUGGAGGAACAUGUCAGAGCACUGAAGCUCCCCGCCACGUUCGUCUAUACGGGCAUCUACAACAACAACUUCACCUCAUUGCUGUACCCCCUUUUCUGCAUGGAACUUCAGCAGGACGGGUCCUUUGUUUGGCAAGCACCCUUUCACGGCGACGCCAAGCUCCCCUGGCUAGACGCCGAGCACGACGUCGGCCCCGCCAUCCUGCAAAUCUUCAAGGACGGCGUUGCAAAGUGGAAAGGGGAACGGGUCGCCCUGGCCUACGAGUAUCUCACCCCGAAGGAGGCAUGCCAGCUCUUCUCUCGAGGGGUGGGUCGGCCUGUGCACUACGUCAGGGGUCCCAUCGAGACCAAGGUGCGCAUCCCGACAGGAUACCGAGAACAGCUCGAGGCCCUGGAGAAGCUGUUUAGGGUGGAUGAGGCCGACCCGGCCAAGCAGCCGCCCUAUUUUGGCGAUCCCAAGCUCGAGGCCAGCUGCCCCGGCGAGGCGCUGGAGCUGUGGGAAGGUCCUCGGGGGUUGGAGGAGUACGCGCGGGAAAUGUUCCCGCUGGAGGAGGAGGCCAACGGGCUGAACUGGAUGCUCGUGGAAGAGGACGAUCACGAUGACAAGGUCAACGCCACGGCGGCCUCGGUGGAGCAGCUCAGGAUCAACGACUACGACGAGCGCGACGGCGAGGGCUUGGACGGCUCCGACGACGAGGAUGAGGGACUGGUCAUGAGGGGUCUGAAGCGAGACGAGGAACAGUGGCUCGCGUGA